AUGGAUUCCUCUUCUUCUUGUGCUAUUUGUUCAAAGACAGUCUAUGUCAUUGAGAAAGUAGAAGCUAACACUCGUGUCUAUCACAAGACUUGUUUUAAGUGUAAGGAGAAUGGCUGUCAUUUAACAAUUGCAAAUUUCCAUCAUCAUAAUGGAGAUCUUUUUUGCCCAAGACAUGUUCCAAAGCUUCAAGCCUUGGUUGGUUCUUCAGCUCAGUCUGUUUAUAGCCUAGGACGUCUUUAG